AUGGAGGACUCUGUGAACGAUAGGUUCUGGUGCCACAUGUGCUCGCGGAGGGUGAACCCUGUGUUGGAGGCGGAGAUCAAAUGCCCCGUCUGCGAUAGCGGCUUCGUCGAAGAGAUGGACGGCAGGGGAGGGGAUUUUGACUCCUCUGGCUCAGAUCUGCAAUCGGAUGGGGCUCUCUCUCUAUGGGCUCCGAUCCUGGUGGAGAUGAUGAGUGGCUCUCGGCGGCGGAGGCCACGGAGGGACGAAGAUGACGAUGGCUCAGAUCAUCAAGAUCGGGAUCGUGGCACCGAGCUCGGCCUCCUUAGAAGACGACGGAGCUCUGCUCUCCUGCAUCUGCUUCUGGGGCUCCAUUCUGGACAAGAUACUGAAAGAGGGGAGAGUGAUAGGGAUCCCUUGAUUCUGAUCAGUCCCUUCAACCCGGCUAUUAUCGUCCAGGGCUCCUCCCAUGAUGACGGCCUACAAAACCCUAUCGGUGAUUUUCUUCCUACCGCUGCCUCCGUGGGGGACUACUUCGUCGGCUCUGGUUUGGAUCUGCUGCUGCAGCAUCUGUCUGAGAACGAUCCAAAUCGCUACGGCACGCCGCCUGCGAAGAAAGAGGCCGUCGACGCGCUGCCGACGGUGAAAGUUGAGGAGAAUCUGAGCUGCUCAGUUUGCCUGGAGGACUUCGCCAGAGGAGAGGAAGCGAAGGAGAUGCCCUGCAAGCACAGGUUCCACAACGGCUGCAUUCUGCCAUGGCUGGAGCUCCAUAGCUCCUGCCCAGUCUGUAGAUUGCAGAUUCCUGCCGAUGAGACGCCCAAGGAUGGGACCGGGCCGAGUGGUAAUGGCGACAGAGGGGUGGAGGCCCCUGGUGAGGAUAGUGGGGGAACCGGGAGGAGGUUAUGGAUUCCUGUUCCAUGGCCUUUCAGUGGGAUGUUCUCCUCGGCCGGAUCUCAUGGCGGCAACAGUGGCAAUCCUUCUUCAGCCUCUGGGAGUAACUCUAGGGAAGAUAACGACCACUGA